CCUCGGUACCUGAGGAGACGGUACCGGCGGUGUGGCGAGGAGAAGGCGGAGUCGGCGUGAGGGGAGGCGGAGGGAAGGAAGAGGCGGAGGAGGAUGGUCCCCGCGGUGGGGCCGCAGCCGCCCAGCCCGCCCGGCGCUCCGGCGGAUUGUGAAGUAUGGUUUGAGAAACAUCAACACAGUAGAAGCUGGAGUACUAUUGCAGUCUUGUAAACAGCCACUCACCAGUGAUCCUCAUCUCUCAAACUAUGCCAGAGAUGACAGAGAAGGCUCCUCUUAAGAAACAACACCGAAAGAAAAACCGUGAGACUCACAAUGCAGUGGAGAGGCAUCGAAAGAAGAAAAUCAAUGCUGGAAUAAACCGAAUUGGUGAACUAAUUCCAUGCUCCCCAGCGCUGAAACAAAGUAAGAACAUGAUCCUUGACCAGGCAUAUCAAUAUAUAACAGAAAUGAAAAGGCAAAACGAUGAGCUCUUGCUGAAUGGAGGAAACAGUGAGCAAGCUGAAGAAAUAAAAAAGCUCCGGAAGCAGUUGGAUGAACUUCAGAAAGAAAAUGGGCGCUACAUUGCAUUAUUGAAAGCCAACGACAUUUGCCUUUAUGAUGACCCCACUGUCCACUGGAAACGGAACCUUAAGCACGCAAAAGUUUCUGUUGUUAUCCCCAAUGAUCAGGAGCAAAAGAAGAAAGGGAACCUGAAAAAUGCAAAAGUGUCUGUUGUGAUCCCCAGCGACCAGCUGCAAAAGAACAUCAUUGUAUAUUCCAACGGCAGUCCGCUUGGUGGAAGCAACCAGGGGGCACCGGUCCAAGGAAUAACCUUUAAUAUCAGUCAUAAUUUACAGAAGCAGACUGCUAAUGUUGUUCCUGUCCAGAGGACUUGCAACCUAGUCACUCCUGUGACCAUUUCUAGUAUCUAUUCCGCGGAAAUCAAAUCAGGGCUUCAGACUUCAGUUCCUCCACUGGUAUCAGGCCCGUCAAAUCCAGCCAAGAAAAUUAUUGAGCACUCUACCUCUGAGAAUGAGCAAGGCCUACCUACUAGUUCUAGUGCUAACAGCUCACUGAAUCCCUUGCAGCUAGUGAGGCUACAGCCUGAAAUGCAGAGUUCUCCUCAAGAUGAAGAUGACAUCUCCAAAUCUAAAAAUAAACCAGAGACUUUCAAGUUAAUUGAGAAAGCGGGUUUGCCUAGCAACAGCCUUCCUGUCAGUGCUAGUGUAGACAGAUCUCUGGCUCAGCUGGCAGACAUGCCCCCUAAAGAGGAUCCAAGAAAUGGAUCCCUAGAAAGCUGUGUGGUUUCUGCAGCUGACACCACUUGUACUCCAUCUGUAAUGCUCUCCAUUGAUGGAAAGCCGUCUGCAGGAAGCAUCUUCAAAAGCAGCGGAGGGCCAGCAGCAUCUGCUGUAGAAAUCCAGAAGGCUGUAACAGAAAUUAACACUUUGCCUGCUGCUUCUAUAGAUAAGUGGCCUUUUUCCAGUUCUUCAGCUGCUGGCACUUCAAAUUCCAAAACCAUGGGUAGCCUGACGCGAAUGACUUCUGCUGGAAACACCCAGACUACUUGGACUACUUUGCAACUAGCAGGGAAUACUGUUCAGCCUCUAAACCGUACUCUGUCCAGCAUAAACGCAGCCCUCUUAAAUCAGCCAGUUAACAAUGCUAGCAUUUCAGCAUCCACUCCUAACAGGAUUUUGGCAACUGCUCCCAGUUUAAAUAAUCCUCUGCCUGCUGGUGAACAAACAGCUGAGCAAAUCAUGGUUACUUUGCCAUCUUACCCAUCCUUACCUAUGCAGCCGCUAGUCACUAAGACGCAGGUUCUAGCACAACCUGCAAACGGCCUCCUUCCAUUGAAUCCACCGAUGCAGCUGAUUCAGGUGCCCCAGCCAGUAGGUCCAUCUGUCACUGCACCACCUGCUAAACAAAAUGUAGUCAUUUUACAGCCUUCAAAUGCCAGUGCAGGUCCACCAGUGUUGAGAACUGAAGUCCCCAACCAAACUGUUAGCCAGCAGAUUGUAAUUAUACAGACUGCUAACCCAAAUCCUCUCUCCCUUUUCUCUGCUCCUCCUCCUCCUCCUAUCAGAAUGCCUAUAAAUGGAGCCGCUCCCUCAGCAAGUGCUAGUAACCCUAUGCAAAAUGCCUCUGGCCCUCAUAUGUUUGGUGGGAAGCAUCUUGUCCAUAUUUUGCCAAGGCCAUCUUCUGCACCAUCUUCUGGCUCGACACAAACGUUUUCAGUUGCAAUGGCUAACCAACAUCUUCCGCAGACUAUUUCUUUAAAUGGGCAGCUGUUUGCAUUGAAGCCUGUGAAGUCCUGUUCUGGAGGUUCGGAUCAAACCCCUAUGCAAGUUAUUCAGCCUACCACCAGUGAAGAUCCAAAUACAAACGUUGCCCUCAAUACAUUUGGUGCUUUAGCUAGCCUCAAUCAAAGCAUAUCGCAGAUGGCUGGACAGAAUUGUCUGCAGGUGUCUACCAGUCAGCCUACAAAUCCAUCAACGGUCAGCAGCCAAACCACACCAAGUACCCAUGUUCUGCUGGCAGCUACAGCAGCAUCCUCUUCUGCUGCUGAGAAUGUAAUGUUAACCAGUGUUUCGUGCUCAGUGGGUGCUUCUCCCCCCAAAACCUCAUUUGGUCUGGCUUCAAAAUGGUCUAAUAAAAGUACUAAGAAAUGCUUGGUGGCCAGCAGCAAUCUUGCAUGUCGAGUGAAUUCUUGCAAAGAUUUGAAGAAACUAGAUAGUGGGGAUGUGGAGGCUACCCCUGAGCAUUCAGGAAGUGACAUCUUGCUUGAAAACAUGCCUGACAAUGUGGUGUUGCAAAGCUUAGCCGUAUCACAAGCAAAUAGGGUAUCACCUAACGAUGUUGCCCAAAAUGAUGCUUCCAAUUCCCAUCCCAAAGAGAGACUGAGAGCUGAGCAAGACAUGGAAAGUACCCUGGCCUCUGACCUGAAUGCAGCUAUAGUGCCGAGAUCGUUGCCCCUCGAAUCGGCGUCAUCAGAACAGUUUGAAGUGGUUGCUCCUGUCUCCAGAGAGUGUGCAUCUCUGCCUCCUCAAACUAAUUCAGCAACAAAUUCUAAGUUAUCAGAAUCAUCCAAAUGCAUCCCCACAAGCCCUUUAACAUCUUCUGACUCUCAGGUGACAGCUGCUCAUAUUUCUAGGACAUCUGUGGCAAACAGUGGGGCGAGUGCAGAGGGUGUUCCCAGAACAGAGGUGUCUGAAAUCUGCACAAUGGAACAAAAUUGUUCCAUAGUCAUGCAGGCCAGUGAUUUGUUAGAAGAGCAAGGCCUGACCAAGAUUUUCUCUGAUUUCAGUAAAGUGGGAGAAGCUGUGGAAAAAAACUUCUCGGUCCAAGUUGAACACCCUAAUUUUCGCACCCAAAACACUAAGUCAAUUAUAGACUCGAAUGACUUGGCAGAGAAGCAGGAGGGGCUCUUGCUGGUGAACACUGAAGAGGAAAACCUUGCACAGUCUCAUUCCUGUACCUCUGAACAAGAAACAGUCACUGCUAACAGACAAGCAGACUCUCCCAUGUCAACUAGCUCAGGCAGCAGUUGUGGAUUCUCAGUUGCAUCCAUGUUGCCAGACACAUGCAGGGAAAAUGUUCCCAACAACACUUCAGUGAAUACAUGCAACAGCUGUACGUUUUCAGAGCAAACGGAUAUUGUAGCUUUGGCAGCAAAAGCCAUUUUUGGCCAAGAGGCCCAUGCAAAAGCAGCCGUGUCGGGAGCUGCUGUUUCCAAGGAUGAUGAAGUGGCAUCUCUAAGAAGAGACCAGUCUCUUAAGUCUCACGCCAUUAAAGAGGCAGACCAGAUAGAAACAGUGCCAAGAAAUUUCAGCACACAGAAUGCAGUGAAAAUAAACGUUGAUCGGUCAGUCGAGAAACAAAGCUGUUCCGUUGGAGUGGAAGUGUCCAGUGUAACCUUGCAAAUUCCAGCCUCCCAGUCUUCAAGCACAUCAAGCUUAAGUGUCAAUAAUCUCAUCCAUCAAAGCUGCAUCAUCCACCCUGUUGUGAGCUGCUCAGGUUUACCCCCAACUUCAGACCAAUCAGCUGUUCCUGUGACUAUGACUCCACCCAUGCCCACUAAUCCAUAUAUGACUCAGUCUCCAGGACAUUCUCCAGUGCUAAUGACAGAUUAUGCUUCAGAACAACUGUCUGCUGUUCGGACCAGCACAAUGCAGGCUUCUCAGAUGCAUGAGCCACACUUAAAGCAGCAAAGCCAGGAAAGCCGCAAAGACUCUGUCAAACGUUCUGUUCCAGAUGAUCACCUGCUUUCCACGCCGAAGAGACAGAAACACUGCCAGACGGCACCUUUGCAGCUUGAAGGGAUGGCUUUGCUGAACCAAACAGCUGACGAUAUUUCAGAUCAAAGUCGAAUCCUUGUCAACCAGAUCCCCUCCAACUCCUCCAAUAUGGCAGUAUCAGGGAGCAGUCAAGGGCACACGGAUAGUCUUAGCCGGCUGUUCCCAAGCAGCAAUUUUGUGCCACCUGCUCUGAGGCAAGCUGAAAUCCAGUGUAAUUCUCAGCCUUCUGUCCCGGAUCAGACAGGACAGCACCUGCAACCUAUUCAACAUGCUCCCACUCAAGGAAUGACCCACCUUCAUAGCAAUCCAUAUAUAAAGCAGCAGCAGCAGCAGCAGCAACAGGCUGGACAGUUAAGAGAAAGACAUCAGUUGUAUCAACUCCAGCAUCACAUUUCUCAUGCAGAAAGCCCUAUCCAUUCGCAAGCCCUCAGCGUCCACCAGCAAAGAGUAAUGCAUCAAGAGGCACAAAUGCAGAAGAAAAGGACCCUCAUCCAAGCAGCCCAGCCCACCACACUUGCUUUGCAGCAGAAACAUCAUGGAAACGACCAGUCGCGGUCAAAGAGCAGCCAGCCCCACCCCCAUCACCCACAGAUGCAGCAAAUGCAGCAGCACUAUACAUCUUCUCAGCCUGAGAAGACAUGCGAGAACCCCACUGCAAACAGAACUCACCACAGCCAUCCUCAGAGCCGUCUGAAUCAGGACAUUCUGCACCAGCAAGCACCAGAUGUGGGCAACAGACAGACAGGUUCUGGGGUUUCUUCUGAACACGUGCCAGGACAUGGCCAGAUGCAAAGACUUAUGACCUCCAGGGCUUUGGAGCAGCAAAUGGUGUCCCAGCCUAGUAUUGUCACCAGGUCAUCCGACAUGAGCUGUGUCCCCCACAGACAAGAAAGAAACAGGGUUAGCAGCUACUCCGCAGAGGCACUUAUUGGAAAGACGCCCUCUAAUUCAGAGCAGAGACUAGGAAUAUCUAUUCAGAGCUUGAGGGCUUCAGAUAAUCUUGAAAUGAGAAAUUACCUUGAUGUGUCUAGGAAUAAAGGAUUGGUAAUCCAUAACAUGCAAGGACGCAUGUCAGUAGACCAUACGGUUGGAGCAGAUGUUCAAAGACUCUCGGAGUGCCAGACAUUCAAGGCAAAUGGCGCUAACCAGCAGUUUGAUGUGCAGUCCUCAAGGAACAGUGAAAUAGGGACCUCAAUGUCAUCCCUCAGAGGUAUGCAGACACAGGCUUUUCGAAUAGCUCAGAAUGCUGGACCACCCAUAGACAGACAGAAGAGGUUGCCCUAUCAGCCAGUUCAGGGCAUCUCAGCAGGAAAUGUUCUUCCUCCCCCAAGAGACAAUGAAAAUACAUGCCACCAAAGUUUUAUGCAGAGUUUACUUGUCCCUCAUCUGGGAGAGCAAGUCGGUGGAGGCCAAAGACCAAUUGCAGAGCACCAGAGAAAUCCACAGUGUGCCACUUCUAUUGUUGAAUAUAAUUGUCCCCCAGCAAGAGACAGUAUUCACAUUCGAAGAGAAGGCGAUGGUCAGAACAGGGAAAGUUGCGAUAUGUCUCUUGGUGCUAUUAAUAAUAGGAACAAUACAUUAAAUAUUCCCUUUUCAAGUUCCUCUGGAGAUAUUCAGGGUCGCAAUACCAGCCCCAAUAUUUCUGUUCAGAAAUCCAAUCCCAUGAGAAUGACAGAGAGUCAUGGAACCAAGGGUCACAUGAAUGCUCCAGUUUCUAGCAAUGUGCAUGGAGUCGUCCGACCUCCUCUCACCCACCCGCCCGUCUCUCGGAAUGCCGAGCAAGUCCCACCAUCAGUUCGUCAACCCAAUUCUUCAGUUACUCAGCGAUCAAGACAUCCUCUCCAAGAUAACAGUGGUUCUAAAAUUCGCCAGCCUGAAAGAAAUCGUUCUGGAAAUCAAAGACACGGAAAUGUGUUUGAUCCUAGUCUUCCCCACCUUCCUUUGGCUGCCAGUGGUAGUAUGAUCCUUGGAAGGCAACAACCUGCUCUAGAAAAAAGAGGCAGUAUUGUGCGAUUCAUGCCGGAAGGACCACAAAUGACUAAUGACAGUGCAGCUCCUGAUCAGCACAGUCUGUCUCAAAAUUUUGGAUUCCCUUUUAUUCCAGAGGGUGGAAUGAACCCCCCCAUAAAUGCCAACGCCCCGUUCAUCCCACCAGUGACUCAGUCUAGUACUACUCGAACACCAGCCCUGAUUCCAGUAGAUCCUCAGAAUACCUUGCCAUCUUUUUAUCCGCCAUAUUCUCCUGCCCACCCCACCCUUUCCAAUGACAUUUCAAUCCCUUAUUUUCCGAACCAGAUGUUUCCUAACCCAAGCACAGAGAAGCCAAGCGGUGGAGGAUUAAACAAUCGCUUUGGCUCCAUCUUGUCUCCUCCCAGGCCCGUGGGCUUUGCCCAGCCAAGUUUCCCCCUUUUGACAGACAUGCCCCCAAUGCAUAUGGCCAAUUCUUCUCACUUGUCCAACUUUAAUUUGACUUCUUUGUUCCCAGAGAUUGCUACAGCUCUUCCUCCAGAUGGUUCCGCAAUCUCGCCUCUGCUCUCCAUAGCGAACACAUCUGCUGCUGAUUCUUCCAAGCAAUCAUCAAACCGGCCUGCUCACAACAUAAGCCAUAUUCUAGGUCAUGAUUGCAGUUCGGCUGUAUGAAAGGUGGUGGCCAGGAGUUAGAAUGGUGAAUUGUUUUAUGUGUGUCGUAUGCAUAUUUGUGUAUAUACAUGCAUGUGUCCAUGUAUGCAUUUGGGAUUGCCAUCCUUGAAAAGACCACUCGUAGCAUCACUGUUUGUGGGGAGUAUAUAUACAAUAGCAGGUGCUUCUGUAUUUCUACAUACCCGUGUUGCUAAAGUAGCAGGUGCCUAUCUCAAUGCUUACUAGUAAGAGUAAGAGUCCA